CCUGCCUUCUGAGGGCAGGAUGCUAAGUGUGCGCGCGCACUCUCUCGUGCACGCGGGAAGCUCAGUGGCUCAUCAUGAGUGCUCGGCAGGGCUGCUCUGACACGGCGUCGGGUCCUCCGUAGUAUGCCCGCAGCGUGGAGAGCUUCGAGCGGUUUGGAUGCGCCUUUGUGACCCUGAGCGCGCAUCAGUUUCUCUCUUGUUCCCCCUUCAGCGCCACAGUUUUUGGGAAAAGGAGCGAUGAGGGUAGCCCGGGAGUGGGGCUGAAGGUGCCCACCAAGUCUGACUGUGCUUCGGAGGUGCAGAGUCUGAAGAAAGAUGUAAGAAUCCGCAGGCGAGUCUCACGGAUUCCCAGCCAAAAUGCAGAAAGGGAUGAGACUCAAUGAUGGCCACAUCACCUAUUUGGCCCUUUUGGCGAAGAAGGACGGGACGAGGCGAGGCUUCUUGAGUAAGAAAAGCUCAGACAACACAAAAUGGCACUCGAAAUGGUUCGCCCUGUUGCAGAAUAUGAUGUUUUAUUUCGAGAGCGAGUCCAGCUCACGUCCCUCCGGACUGUACCUGUUGGAGGGAUGCGUCUGUGACCGGGCUCCGUCACCGAAACCGUCUCUGUCAGCGAAGGAAUGCUUAGAGAAGCAGUUCUACUUCACCGUCACUUUCAGUCAUGAGAACCAGAAGUCUUUGGAGUUGCGCACAGAAGAUGUCAAAGACUGCGAUGAAUGGGUGGCUGCUAUCACACAAGCCAGUUACAGAAAUCUGGCCACAGAGCAUGAGACCCUCAUGCAGAAGUAUCUCCAUCUGCUCCAAAUAGUGGAAACAGAGAAAACUGUAGCCAAGCAACUUCGACAACAGAUAGAGGACGGGGAAAUAGAGAUAGAAAGGCUAAAAUCUGAGAUUUCUGGGAUUCUGAGGGAUAAUGAGAAGAUCCAGUCAAAUCCAGAGGUGCCCCCCAGCGAGGAUGACACAGAGAUCAAGAAGAUCAAGAAGGUGCAAAGUUUCUUGCGAGGUUGGAUAUGCCGCAGGAAGUGGAAAACCAUCAUCCAGGACUAUAUCCGGUCCCCCCAUGCCGAAAGCAUGCGGAAGAGAAACCAGGUGGUGUUCAGCAUGCUGGAGGCAGAAGCCGAGUACGUCCAGCAGCUCCACAUCUUGGUCAACAACUUCCUGCGGCCGCUCCGCAUGGCAGCCAGCUCCAAGAAACCCCCCAUCACCCAUGAUGAUGUCAGCAGCAUCUUCCUCAACAGUGAGACCAUCAUGUUCCUCCACCAGAUCUUCUACCAGGGCCUCAAGGCCAGGAUCGCCAGUUGGCCAACACUGGUAUUGGCUGACCUGUUUGACAUCCUGCUGCCCAUGCUGAACAUCUAUCAAGAGUUUGUGAGGAACCAUCAGUACAGUUUGCAGAUCCUGGCCCACUGCAAGCAGAACAGAGACUUUGAUAAGCUGCUGAAGCAGUACGAGUCCAAGCCUGACUGUGAGGAAAGGACCCUGGAGACAUUCCUCACUUACCCCAUGUUCCAGAUCCCUCGCUACAUCUUGACAUUGCAUGAGUUACUGGCUCAUACUCCUCAUGAGCAUGUGGAAAGAAACAGUUUAGACUAUGCCAAGUCAAAACUGGAAGAAUUGUCAAGAAUCAUGCAUGAUGAGGUGAGUGAAACAGAGAACAUCAGGAAGAACCUGGCCAUCGAGCGCAUGAUUGUCGAGGGUUGUGAUGUGUUGCUUGACACCAGCCAAACAUUUGUGAGACAAGGUUCUCUAAUUCAGGUGCCAAUGAGUGAAAAAGGGAAAAUCACAAGAGGUCGCCUGGGUUCUCUGUCUCUGAAGAAGGAAGGAGAGAGACAGUGCUUCCUGUUCUCCAAACAUCUCAUCAUUUGUACCCGAGGAUCAGGAGGAAAACUUCACAUCACAAAGAAUGGAGUGGUGUCUCUCAUAGACUCUACCCUAAUGGAGGAGCCCGAGGGGACAGACGAUGAGUCCAAAGGGGAGCGAAGUGGCCAGGAUGCAGAGCAUCUGGACUUUAAAGUUAUGGUGGAGCCCAAGAAAGGCCAACCUUACACUGUCAUCCUUGUAGCGUCAUCACGACAGGAGAAGUCAGCAUGGACAAGUGAUAUAAGUCAGUGCAUCGACAACAUCCGCUGCAACGGUCUAAUGAUGAACGCCUUUGAGGAAAACAGUAAAGUCACAGUGCCACAAAUGAUUAAGUCAGAUACCAGCUUGUACUGUGAUGAUGUCGACAUUCGCUUCAGCAAGAUGAUGAACUCAUGCAAGGUACUGCAGAUCCGCUACGCCAGUGUGGAGCGCCUGUUGGAGAGGCUGAUCGACUUACGCUUUCUCUCCAUUGACUUCCUCAAUACCUUCCUUCACUCAUACCGCGUCUUCACCAGUGCGGACAUAGUCCUGGACAAGCUCAUCACCAUCUACAAGAAACCAAUCAGUGCCAUCCCUGCACGCUCGUUGGAGCUCUUCUUUGCCAGCAGCCAGAACAACAAACUCCUUUAUGGUGAACCACCCACGUCGCCACGUGCCAGCCGCAAGUUCUCCUCGCCGCCUCCUCUUUCCAUCACCAAGAAUUCCUCUCCGAACCGCCGACGCAAACUUUCACUCAACAUCCCCAUCAUCACUGGGGGCAAGGCCCUGGACCUUGCUGCACUCAGCUGCUCUCCCAAUGGCUAUGCAAGCAUGCACACAACCAUGUCACCCUUCAGCAAAACCACACUUGACAUUAACAAGCUCUACGUGUCCAGCACAAUGGCCAGCAAAAUCCCUGAUGAAGGAGAGUCCAAAUCUGAGGCUAAAGCCGAAGAGUCCGCCCCUGGCAAGCAAGAUCGGUCUGUCAGAGAGGAAUGUGAUGAAGAGCAGAGUCAGAGUGAUGAGGCAGAAUCAGAAAUGUCUCCUCCCAAGUCACCGUCGACACCCAAGAAUGUCAAGUCAAAAAACUCAGAGUUUUCCCUGUUUUCCUUCAACAACGGCAUGGUGGUGUCAUCUUGCCGGGAGCUUGAGAAUAACCGCAGUGCCCUAUCUGCUGCCUCGGCCUUUGCCAUCGCCACAGCUGGUGCCAAUGAAGGAACGCCGACCAAGGAAAAGUACCGCCGUAUGUCCCUCGCCAGCACAGGUUUUCCUACAGAUCAGAGGAACGGAGACAAAGAGUUUGUUAUUCGCAGAGCUGCUACAAAUAGAGUCCUGAAUGUGCUGCGUCACUGGGUGUCCAAACACUCACAGGACUUUGAGCUGAACACAGAGCUGAAGAUGCGGGUUAUUGGUUUCCUGGAGGAGGUGAUGCACGAUCCAGAGCUCCUGACACAGGAAAGAAAAGCAGCUGCCAACAUUAUCAGGACUCUCACUCAGGAGGAUCCUGGAGACAGCCAGGCCAGCAUUGAGGAGAUCACCCAGAUGGCUAUGGAAGAAAGUAAGACUGAACCAUUUGAGAACCAUUCUGCCUUGGAGAUUGCUGAGCAACUGACAAUGCUGGACCACCUGGUCUUUAAAGUUAUCCCUUAUGAGGAGUUCUUUGGACAAGGCUGGAUGAAGAACGACAAAAAUGAGAGAACACCAUACAUAAUGAAAACAACCAAGCAUUUUAAUGAUAUCAGUAACAGGAUCGCCUCAGAAAUCCUUCACUGGGAUGAUGUCAACAUGAGGGUGGCAGUGAUUGAGAAGUGGGUGGCUGUGGCGGACAUUUGCCGCUGCCUUCACAACUACAACGCCGUUUUGGAGAUCACAUCCUCGCUCAACCGGAGCUCCAUCUUCCGCCUCAAGAGGACCUGGCUAAAAGUGUCUAAGCAGACAAAAACUGUGAUCGACAAGCUGCAGAAGCUGGUGUCGUCAGAGGGCCGCUUCAAAAACUUAAGGGAAGCUUUGAAAAACUGUGACCCUCCAUGUGUUCCUUACCUGGGAAUGUACCUGACUGACUUGGCCUUCAUUGAAGAGGGAACACCAAACUACACAGAGGACAACCUGGUCAACUUCUCCAAGAUGAGAAUGAUUUCCCACAUCAUCAGAGAAAUCCGACAAUUUCAGCAAACUGCUUACAAGAUAGAUUUUCAGCCUAAGGUGGCAAAGUACCUGCUGGACAACAGCACAGUGAUGGAUGAGGAGAGCCUGUAUGAAGCAUCUCUGAGAAUUGAGCCCAAAGCGUCAUCGUGAAGAGAAAUUAUGUUAUGAUCAGAUAUAGACUGCAGAGAAGGUUUCAACGUGUACAUUUAUCAUUAUUUGUAUUAGACACAAUAGGCUGUGCCCUCCUUGUAUUUGCUUCCUAAUGAAUUCUGUGUAUUAUUGUUAUUAGAGAUUGAAUAGAAGCCCACAGAGGUUUUAUUUCUAUAGUUAUAAAGUAUUUAUAUGUUCUAUAUUGUCUUAAAUGCUAAUUUAUGACCUGUUUAUUUUGCACUAGAGAGCAGAUAGAAAGGAGUGUUUACAGACUUAAUAUUUUAGUAUAUCUAAAUGGGCAACUGGAGUGUUACACAAAUUUCUCAUUCAUGAGAAAACGGCACUUUGUAGGAAGUCAAGAGUCUGCGGGAACUAGACUUCAUGAAAGUUCCUGUUACAAAAUUAUUCAACUUGUCAAAAAUCACUCAAAUGUGAUUUCAAGUGACUGUACAAUCACAGAUUGUACGUGGAUUUUUAAGAUAGCAGUCUACGUUGAACGUGACUCCGCAUGUAACAGUCAACAAAGUAGCAAACUUAGAGGUUACUUUCCCAGAACUUAAAGAUUCAUUUUCCAAACUUAAUAAGCACUUUGUUGGAAAGUUAGUAUGAAUCAAACGUCAUACUAACUUUCCUAAAUUUGAGCAGGUGCUUUCUAGGAUCUUACUACUUACUAAGCCUGAGCUCAAAUGUCACUUUCUGGAAAACACAAGAGACUUUCCUGGAACUUUGAAGUUACUUCCCUGCAACCUGCUAAGUACGUCUCCUGAAAAUACUAGCUACUUUCUCAGAACUUGGCAGUUACUGUCCUUUAGCUUCUUAGAAAUUAGAGGCUACUUCCCAGAAAUACGUUUCAUAUAACGUAGUAGUCACAUCCCUGGGACUUACCAGGCACUUUUAAUAGGUUUGUAUGGAUCUUUUUGGUUAUUUCUCCAAAGUUACCACAUACUUUCUGGACGAUAACUCAAUAGCAAUAUAUAUCGUGAUAAACACAUGAUUAAUAUCAAUAGGUAGUACGUCCAAUUCAGUGUUCACUAAUUUCACUGCACAGCAUUCUGGGGUAUGUAGGCGGAGGAAAGGCUGUAACUACUUAACAUCUCACUUCCGGCUAAGCAAGUUGAAUGGUAUAAACUCGCUGUUUGGUUACCUAGCAACGGCCUGUUUAAUAACUUGUGCAGUAGCAGUUUAAGGUUUCACCAAUGUUUAAAACUGCUUAAAAAUAACAAAUGUCAGUGGGGAGUAAAAACUCUGGAUAAAAUACAAAAGGUUGUGCCAACAGCUAGGGAAUAUUUCACAUACUUAAAACAAUAACAAAAAAACCCCCCUAAUCAAUAAUUAGCAAUAUUGACUGAUGUGAAACCCUCAUAUUAUGAUACAUUUUCAGCCAUAUUGUCAAGCCCUACUUUCUGGACAUAGACAGGAUUUUCUAAAUUUUAAAUUUUACCUUCCAGAACAUACUAGGUACCUUACUGGAGGUUUUUUGGAAUUUACUAAUUACUUUCCUUGAACUUUCAAGGUGUUUUCUUGGAACCUCCUUGGAACUUACUGAAAAAAAAAAUUCUGGGUACUAUCCAAAAGCUAUUGGGAUUUAGACAAUUUUCUUUCUGAAACUUACAAGAUUUCUUCCUGGAAUGUUCAUGAAAAUUCCAAAUUACUGGAUUUUGACACUUACUUCUUGAAACUUUGGUUACUUUACAGAAGAACUGGAAAGUUUCUGGUAUGCUUAGGAAAAUAAUGUUUAGGUACUGGGAAAGGGUUUCUGGGUCCUAGGAAAGUAUGUGAUGUAUUAUGUAGUAUUAAAACUACUAAUGCAUGACUGUUAAUUUAUAUUAAUUUUGAAAUGUUUUAAAGCUGUUGUUUCCAGCCGAUUAGAGGGAAAAGUGGGACAGAGGUAGUAGCGAAAGCUGAAUCACAAUUUGUUUUAUGUAACCACUGGCUAAUUAACAUGUAAGAAAAGAUUGCAGAGAAACAGAAAGUUUCUUUAUAGUUUUGGAUUAAUUUUUUUUAAUGCUUUGCUUACUUUAUUCCCCUGGUGGGCAGUGUCAUGUAUAUACAGUAUAAGCACCAGGCAAUGUAUGUAGCAAAUGUAACAGAUUUUGAGCCACUUACAGAAGUUAAAAUUCUCAGCUUCAAUAUUCAGACACAGAAAGUGCAGUCUUUCAGGUAAAAUCCUCUUUUGUUAGUGCAUUACGAUUUUGCCUUAAUCAUGAAAUGGAUUAUAUUCCACAAAAGUAUUUAAACUUCUUCGUUCUACAAUUUGCCAAUAAAACAAACUGACUGCAUACAGUAUAAUGUACAGACGGUCUGAUGCAUUUCCCAACAUGCAAUAUGUUCAAAGACACAUCCCUAGAAAUGUGUUAUCCUUAUGAUAGUUAAAUGCUAUAAUUACUCUCCUGUCACUUUGAAACAAAUGUUUAAGGCAACAUUAGUGUACUACAUUCUAUUCUAAUGCGUUAGCAGGAGCUACACAGUAGUAUUAUUGUGCUUCUUGAAAUAUUUAUAUGUAUUUUUUACAAGCUUUAUAUAGAGAGACACCUAAAGCUUAAGUGGCAGGCAUGUACCACUUUUAUGUUUUCAGAUCUAAUCUAUAUAUAUAUACAGAAUGGUAUGUGUACUGUAUUUAAACCCUACCUUUGCACCCUUCAAUCUGUAUCCUCCAACAGGAACACCAGAUGUUUGCAGUGAACAAUACCCAGUGACAUGAGAAUAUCUUUCAGUCUAUUUCAACAGCUUGAGUAGUAUUUCCAGUUUUGUAUAAAAGUGUACUCUUUCCCGAUUACCUCUUGUUAAUAAAUCUGUUUUUUCUCAGGGGG